AUGACCACCCAACAGGAAUCCUCUGCGACUUCCACCGCGAUAUCCUCCCCCUACAGCGCCUUCCCUCCAUCAGCCAGCUCGCGCGGUGCUCUAUUGCCAUUGCAAAACCAUAAUCACGCUUCGCAAUCGAGCAAGGCAGCGUCGACCAAACCCUCGCGUUCUAUUUUUUAUACUCCGUAUCCGCGACAACAGCGUGUAUCAUCAACUCAAUUCGACUCUGCGAGUCCUGUAGACACAUCCACAUCCCAGACAUCUCCUAUUCCCACCUCUCAGUCCGAUGCGCAGAAUCGAACCGUGUAUUUGAGUCACUUCGACUACAUCGAAAUGCGGUGUCGUUUAACACAAACCGAGCUCGCUAAAAAACCAACGACUGCAGAGCCAGGCGUUAUUUUCCAUUCACCACGAGAUUCAUCGGUUACCUAUGACCUCUUCUUCCAAACUACACACGACUUCCUGGACAUUUCGACCGCACUGCAAAUGUUUCCUAUGUUCAUCGACUUGCCAUUGGGGUUAAGGCCUUCCAAAUGUCAUUAUGAUGCGACAAAGAAUAAUCCGGAAGACCUCAUGCUUCGGGUCAGGUGCUUAUUCUGCCGAGGUCGAUUUGGCGGUAAAAACGCGAAAGCCAUUUGGGAACGGCAUGUUAAAGAACAUUGGCCCAAAGCAGGCGCCCAGUUCGACACAUUCAAAAACGGUCGAUUGCCUCUAGCCAUAGUCGUACUCGAUCGCGAGAUGGAGAUUCCUGGGCCCCUCCCUCUUUUCGCCGUCUCAAUUGCGAGUUCAGAUUAUUUUGCUCAUUCACAUGAGCAACUAAUGGGUCAAGAUGACGAUACUAUCGUGUUUGACAGUGUAGUCAAUCCCUCAGACCUUCCCAUGACGCCAGUCGAAUCUCCUGCUAAACCUAAGGAUCGUAACCAUUUGAUCUUUUCACCCGUGUCAGAAGAUGAUCGCGGUCACUUCAGGAUUGGUAGUUGGGACGUCGAGGCUCAUUUGGCAGAAUUAAAUCGACUCGCUCGGCCAUGCCUCUCGAAAGAGGAGGCUUUAGAAGUCAUUACAGCCGCUGCUGAACGUGGUUCUCCAAGGAAAGACAAUGACUUUUUGUUCAACGGUUCAAUGGAAGAGGACGAAGAUUUAACUCUUCAUCAAUCGGCUUCUAUUUCGGAUAAGAAACGUUCCAGGCGAGAUUCCAUUGACGGCCUUUGGGAUCAAGACCCAUACAUCUCAGAGCCAGAAAGCAAGCGCAGGAGGGUCGAUAGCUUCCGCAGUGAUUCCUCUUCUGGCUCAAGCGGAUAUGAUUCCGGUUUCGACUGCAGUUUCGAUGAAACUGAUUCUCCGUCCUCAUUUGACUCGCCAACAUCCCCUUUUCUUGCCCUGGAUAACUGA